GUGUCUCUCCGAUUGCGUCAAUAAUGUCAGCUCUUUUUAACUGUCACAGCACGGACUGUAUAAAUUGAGCGCUGUCGGUGUGGAAUUUAGACGCAAACUCAGCCAUUCCGUGAGACAUUGAUUGUGGGGGAAGCAGAUAAUGAGGAAUAUAGCAGGACAUAAAAACAGAUUUUGUCGCUAAAGAUUUGCGUAUUGGGGAAUAAUCAAAAUAAUGAGAAUUUGGCAAUACGUUUGUUCCGAUUUAAGGCAUUGCAAAGUGUUAAGCGUUUUUAUCCAGUAGUGCUUAUAUCGAAUUAGUUUGUGUGUGAAGGAGAUAAACGUAAUCACAUGACCAUAUAUCGGUACUUCAAAUUGGUACUGUAAGCGAGAAAGAUAUAGUAAUAUAAAUAAACGUAUAUAUUUUUUUAUAAACUUUGAAUAUAACAUAUUUGUUGGUGAACAUGGAAAGGGAAUAUCCAUCUAGUUCUGAACUAAGUGCAGAUUGGCAAGGUUCACAGGCCUCGUUAAAGACUGACGGGAUCAGUUUCCAUGGUUCCCAACAAAGUCUCCACCAGUCAACGGCCUCUCCGCGUCUCAGUCCCGUCUCGAAUGACUCGAACUCGCCAUACCUGUUGAGGAAAGUCAGUGCCGACAGAGAAAAACAUGUGCGACCCGGAGCGCCCUCGGAGCCGAACGAAUACAACUUCAAUUACAGACGACGUGGAGUGUUCCUCAUUUUUAACAACAAAACAUUCCACGAGUCCACGGGACAGGUGGAGCGCGAGGGCACGGACGUGGACGCUGAACGUCUCGAGGAGCGCUUCCAGGACACGGGCUUUGAAGUACGUCGUUACGAUGACGUCACGUGCGCAAGAAUGACCAAACUGAUGCACGAAGUUGCCACUGCGGAUCAUUCUGACUGCGACUGUUUCGGCUGCGCCGUGCUCAGCUACGGUCGGGAGGGAUACGUGUACGCAACAGACCGCCUGGUUCCCUUGGAAACGCUCACCUGGCCCUUCAAAGGGGACAAGUGCCCAUCUCUUGUGGGGAAGCCAAAACUGUUCUUUAUACAGGCAUGUACGGACAGACGAUCCGAAACGGGCUGCAGUCCCCAGCGGGACCUCUCACCCAUACGUCGAGGCCUUGACGUGCACGGCGGAUGCCGUAGACUGCCGGUAGAAGCGGACUUCUUGUUUUCGUAUUCCACAGUCCCAGGUUACUACUCAUGGCGGAACAACCAGGAUGGCACGUGGUUCAUCCAGGCUCUGUGCAUUGUCCUGGAAAACUAUGGCAACAAGAUGGAGCUGAUGCACAUGUUGACUCAGGUGAAUAGAAUGGUUGCCUACGAGUUCGAAUCAUGUUCCGACGAGGAAUUCACAGAAUCCGCCAAGCAGAUGCCUUCUAUUGUCUCCAUGCUCACUCGAUAUGUUUACUUCCGACCAAAGAAAUUGGACCUUAAAGGCUAACACAACGCAAGCUUGUGUAUAAAAUCGAAAACUGUUCGAUUAUGCUGAUGUACAAUGUUUAUUUUAUUUUCGAUGUUGAUAUAGCACAUUUAUCUUACUUGUAGGACAAUUCUUCUUUAUUAUUGUUUUUGCAUUGCACUUAUCCAUUAAUGAUAUUUAGUAUUUAAAAAUUCAAAAUCGCACAAAACAUUUAUCGUUUUAUAUGGAUGUAAAUCUUAAUAUUUUUAAUAGAUACACAAUUUAUGCAUAUUCUGUCCAUAUGCAAACAUAAAAAAAUGAUCAUAAGCACUGCAUAAGUUCACAAACUGAAUGCAGUUAAGUAACAUCUAUCUGCAAUAGAAUUGACAUUCAAACUGGCCCAAUGCUAUGUGAAUUUAAGGUCGUAGCGAUAGAAAAUAUAAAACGAAAAAUCACGUUUUAUUUAAUAACUCAACAUCAUCUGAAACACGAAUGACUUGUUUAAAGUGACCUUUAAAGCCUCGAGAAUAAUAACAAGUUCCGAACAAUAACGAAGUAAUACGGGUUGCGUUUCUAAAUGUAUAUGGACGGCAUUCAAUAAAUACAAUGUGGAUUUUGUAACAUGCCCUUUCUGAAAGAAGACUAUAAUUGAAAAUCGUAAGUCAAUUUUAUUCGUGUAGUUGACAAAAGUAGUUGCAAUAAAUUUUUAUAUCCGAAGACAUUAUGGCCGCUAAUGAAUAAUAUUAUAUUCCAUGUUUUAACGUUGCAUCUUAAAAUAUUUUCUAUUUGAAUACUAUAUAAUCUAGGAUUUGACAUUUAAGGAAGCACCUAAGAAAGAACAUUGGUUAAUUAUUUUCAAAACAAAAUUAUCAGAUUCCUUUCAUAUAACGCCCUGUUCAGAAAACCAAUGUUCAUAAAAAACUAUUUGAUCGAAAAGCUUCCGAAUAAAAUUUAUUGAACACAGCUCAUUAUAAUAUAUUAUUCAGAUGUAAUCGAAUGUAUGUUCACAUUUUAGCCUAAGUAAAGACAUUGUAUAUUUUCAUUGGAUUUGAUAUUGUUUUCCGUUUGUAUUAAGUAACACGUUAUAUACCUAUAACAACUUUUUGAAAAAAACGUGACGUUCUUUUUGCAAUUUAUAACUAUUUGCUUCAAAGACAACGGUUUAUGUGUAGAUCAAAUGUUUAUCAAUCGUAAAGACGGUAGUUUACAUAUUGCAAGAAAUCAUUAACUAAAUUAGUUUUUCCAAUAAUAUACUUUCCUUCUUAUGCAUAACAUAUUUGCCAGUAUUAUGCGCACAUCAUCGUGCUUCAAUAAUGACACAGUUUUUUUUUACAAGGAGAUUUGUGUUUUGUCAGCUGAUUAAUAGCUCAGUCUCAUCUAUAUUGGAAUCAGGAAAAUCAGAAAUUCACCUAAUUGGCGGCUUAUUUGAAAAGCCUACUUAACAUGUUGUCGUGUGUAUAAAUUUACAUGCAGUAUGAAGAAGAAUAACGUUUGUGUUACAUUUGGCAGUGAUAGGAAUGAUCACUAUAUUUAUUACAAAUAGU